GGAUGGAGAUCAGCCAGGACCUCCCAGCCAUCGAUGGCCACAGAGCCCUCCAAAUAUGGAUUGCUGAGAACGUAAAGAUGCUGCCACUGCCCGAAAGGGCUCAUGGGAAUUUCUUCGAGGACUGCUGCUAUGUCAUCCUCCAUGUCCCUCAGAGUCCAAAGACUACCCAGGGAUGGUCCAGUGACCUGCACUACUGGAUCGGGAAGGAGGCCAGCACAGAGGCUCGGGAGGCCGCGGUCACCUUUGCCCAGCACCUGCAGGAGGACCUAGGAGACCAGAUCGUGCUGCACCGAGAGUCACAGGGCCAUGAGUCCGACUGCUUCCACAGCUAUUUCCCCGGAGUCAUCUAUAGGAAGGGAGGCAGAGGCCCUGCUCUCAAGCAUGUGGAGACCCACACGUACAAUGUCCAGCGACUGCUCCACAUCCUGGGAAAGAAGCACGUGUCUGCCACCGAAGUGGCCUUGUCCUGGAGCAGCUUUAACAAGGGGGGCAUCUUCCUGUUGGACCUGGGCAAGGUGAUGAUCCAGUGGAAUGGACCCAAAACCAGCAUUUCUGAGAAAUCACGGGCGCUGACCCUGACUUGCAGCCUCAGAGACAGGGAGCGAGGUGGUCGUGCCCAGAUUGGUGUCGUGGAUGACGAGAAUGAAGCUGUCGACCUCAUGCGCAUCAUGGAGGCUGUGCUGGGCCACAGGUCAGGCAGCCUGUGUGCCUCUGUGCCCAACAGCUGUGUUAGCCAGCUACAGAAAGCCAACGUCCGUCUCUACCAUGUCUGCGAGAAGGGAACCGACCUCGUGGUCCAGGAAUUGGCGACCCGUCCACUGACCCAGGACCUCCUGCAAGAGGAUGGCUGCUAUCUCCUGGACCAGGGUGGCUUCAAGAUCUACAUGUGGCAGGGACGCAAGUCCAGCCCCCAGGAGAAGAAGGCUGCCUUCAGCAGGGCUAUGGGCUUUAUCCAGGCCAAAGGCUACCCGAACUACACCAAUGUGGAGGUGGUGAACGACAGCGCGGAGUCCACAGCCUUCCAGCAGCUCUUCAGAACAUGGUCAAAGGAGCUAGAUAGGAAAAAUCACAGAGGGAAGAGUAAACAGUUGCAGGUAAAACUGGACGUAGGCAAGCUGCACAGCCAGCCUGAGCUAGCGGCCCAGCUCAGAAUGGUGGACAACGGCUCUGGGAAGGUGGAGGUGUGGUGCAUCCAGGACUCAGGAAGACAGCCUGUGGAUCCCAAGCACCAUGGCCAGCUGUGCUCAGGGAACUGCUACCUUGUCCUCUACACAUACCAGAAGCUGGGCCGAGUCCAGUACAUCUUGUACCUAUGGCAGGGCCACCAAACCAGCACAGAAGACAUUGCCACCCUGAACUACCAUGCUGAGGAAAUGGAUCUCACGUACCAGGGAGCACUGGUGCAGGCACAUGUGACCAUGGGCAGAGAGCCCCCUCACUUCCUAGCCAUCUUCCAGGGGCAGCUGGUGGUCUUCCAGGGGAGUGCAGGCAACAAAGGGAAGAGGCCGUCAAUAUCCGGCACCAGGCUUUUCCACAUGCAAGGGACCGACAGCCACAACACCAGCACCAUGGAGGUGCCGGCCCGAGCCUCCUCCCUCAAGUCCAGUGAUAUCUUCUUUCUGAUCACAGCUGAUGUUUGCUACCUCUGGUUUGGGAAGGGCUGUAAUGGGGACCAGCGUGAGAUGGCAUGGAUGGUGGUCACUGUCUUCUCGGGGAAUAACAAGGAAAUGGUGCUGGAGGGUCAGGAGUCUCCCCACUUCUGGGAGGCCAUCGGAGGCCGGGCCCCCUAUGCCAGGAACAGGAGGCUUGCCGAGGAGGUCUCCAGCGUCCAGCCCCGACUGUUCGAGUGCUCCAGCCACUCAGGCUGCCUGGUCCUCACGGAAGUGCUGUUUUUUGGCCAAGAGCACUUGGACCAGUAUGACAUCAUGUUACUGGACACCUGUCAUGAGAUCUUCCUGUGGCUGGGGGAAGCUGCAGGCGAGUGGAAGAAGGAAGCAGUGGCCUGGGGCCAGGAGUACCUAAGGGCUCACCCAGCAGAGAGGAGCUCAGCCACACCCAUCGUUCUGGUCAAGCAGGGCCAUGAACCCGCCACCUUCACUGGAUGGUUUGUCACCUGGGAUCCCUACAAGUGGAUGAGCAACCGGUCCUAUGAGGAGGUGGUGGAGGACAGCCUGGGACCAGGGUCUUCCAUCUCUGAGAUAACAGCAGAAGUCCAUAACUUGCAGCUGACUCCACCGCCAAGCGAUAACAAGGCAGGUCACUCGACGCUGCUGGCCUUCAAGGUUUCCCAGGACGGCCCAGAGAGUGAUUCGGAGCCGGGCCUCGGGAUUGAUGGCGAGAACCCCAGCCUGAACCCCACCAGCAGCUGCAGCAGCUCAACGGCCAAUGGGAGUCUUCCCCGGGAAAGGCUGAGGCACCAGGCAGUGGAGGACCUGCCACAGGGUGUGGACCCUGCCCGAAGGGAGUUCUAUCUCUCAGACUCUGACUUCCAAGACAUCUUUGGGAAAUCCAAGGAGGAGUUCUACCGCAUGGUCAAGUGGAAACAGCAGCAAGAGAAAAAGAAGCUGGGCUUCUUCUGAACUUGAAAAACCUGUUCAUCCCUCCUGAGAUAACUCCUGCUUCCUAAUA